AUGAGCCUCAACGAAGGUAGCGAACCGGCUCGUGGUGUGGCCACGAUACGGCUCAGCUAUGAGCAGCUACGAGAUACGUUAGGACGCUUCGAAUACUUCCGCCACUGGACGGAGGAUCAGAUCCGUGAGUGUAGCAUCCUGGCACGUGUUGUGCAGUAUGCACCGCAUCAGACGAUACCGCUCGAUUUGCAGUUACCCUUUGUCUAUCUCGUUCUAAGCGGACAAUGUAUGAUCAUGCAGUGUUUGCAGCUAGCUCGCGAUACUACGCUACUGUCCCGGGGAGAGUUCCGGCUUGCAUCUACUGAGGAUGGAGGCGCAUCACCUCCGCCUUCCUACCCGAAUACAUUAAGCCCCGAGACACAGCUUGAUUUAAUUCAAAAUCUGCACACAACUUUUAGCUCCGCAAAGUUAACCGAUGCCGACGAUAAUUCGCUUCAAUACGAUCCAGAUAAAGCAAUCUGUUUCCUAAAGACACCCACACAGGAGGGUCCAGUUGUACAUCGGUUUCUUGACGUCGGAACGCUACGAUGUGGUGCAGUGUUUGGUUUGGGCGAACGGCAUCAUCAUCGGACGAUUGUCGCACGUACCAGGACGCAAUGUCUGCUCAUACCCCGGUGCUGGUUGUUUCUCAAACCGCAAAACAUUGGCAACACGUGGCAGCGGCUCUGCAUGUACCUCGACUGGACCAUACCCGGACGGGACGAGCUGUUUCAGCAAUUUUUACGCGACAAAGCGUGGCACGAGUAUCGAAAGUGGUUAAUUGGCGAGACGGCAAAACGGCCCAGUGGAACGGUAAUGGCGGACGUACCUGUUAUGUGUCGUAUUUUACAAACCAACACGCUUAGCAAGAAGCAGGAUGCGAAAAGCUGUAAGAAGAAAAGAAGAUGA